AAUAUAUAACAAAAAUAUUUUAUAAGCCAUUUUUUUCAUUUGCUUUUUAUUUUUCGUCGCUCGUCUCUCGUUCAUUUUUGAGUUCAAAUGUUGAGAAGCCACUUGAAAGCCAAAAUAGUAUCGUUGAAAGUGAAAAUUCGGUACACAAUAUAAGUUUUAUAUACAUGUUCAUAUCAAAAAGACGAAAUGUGUCGAAACAGUCUGUGAGAGAAAGAGAGUGAGAGAGAGAAAGAAAGAAGAGAAGGAACAAAAAUUCAAUUCUUUCUUUUUUUUUAUUGUGAAAUAUAUAUUUUUUGACAAAGUCGUUUUUUAUUCGGUCUGGUGUCUGUACAAGUCGUCAAUAAAAUGCAAUAAAAUAGUAAAUACUGGCUGAUGGCUGCAUGAAAUAAGACAAAUCAACCGAACUAAAAAGUUGUUGUUCCCGAAAACUAUAUACAUAUAUUACUACGGUGCAGAUUUUAAAUUAGAUACACGAUUUUAACUCAAUCAUAAAAUUAGCCACACAGUCAACGUGUGGUUGUGUAUGCAUAUAAAUAGCCAUUUCACGUGUAUAGAUGUAUGCAAACGUGUGUGUGUCAACAGACGAACGUACGGAAAGAAAAAUAAAAAACAAAAUAUAUUGAAAGCAACAAGAAAAAAAUCAAAUUGAAAGAAGCGAAAAAAAAAAGUUUAUAAAAUUUAUACAGCAUUUCAAACAUACAUUUGGACAUAAGACAACGAGAGAAGAGGAAAAAAAUAUGCGAGUUAAUAAAUGUGAAUGGGUUGAUUUUGGCGAAGCAAGCACUGGAAUUAGAACAAAUCAUACAGCAUUAAACAUACAGAAACAAUUGAUUGAAUGAGCUCAGUGAAGUGAGAAACAAAGAUAGAGAGAGACAGAGAAAAAAAAACUAAAUAAGAAACAAUAAUACGCGCGCCUAUAUGCUCCUACUUAACAACACAACACUGCUCGUUCGUAUAAAGUAAAGUGAAAUUAUUACUGAGCGUUGUGUGUACGAAUUGGAAUUCAUUAUCGAAAAUGGUUUAUGUCAUCAUCUGAUUGUUUUUCAUUGAAUGUUUCAUGGAAAAGUCAAGAUAAAAUAAAGAAAACAGUAAACGAUAGCAACAACGAUAAAGAAAAAAGCAAAGAGACAAGUUUAUUAUUUAUUUUUUUCUCGGUUUAAUGUGAAACUUUAAAGUGAGAGAGACUUGAAACGAAAUCAAAUAAUGAAGCAAAAACGUUUGGACAAUUUGCAGUCCGCUGAUUAUUAAUGUGAAACUACUCAAAAGCCAUACACACAUUUCUAUUACGAUAAAAUACAUACAAAAUUGGCAACAUACGAUCAUAACACAGUCCAAAGGAAACACAUAUUUUCAAUUGAAUACGCUCAGUUGAAGAGAAAAAAAAAAAAAACGAAAAAAGUGAAGCAUUGAGAACGACAUAAAGAACCGAACGCCAAUAAGAGACGUACAAUGUGAAUGGUCGAGUUUCGGUAGUGUUAAAGGUCAUUUUCAAUAUCAUAAAUUCUAAUUAUUUUUGUGCAUUUCGUUUGUGUCUUUAAUUUUAUUUCGUUUCGUUACAAUUGCUAUUCAAUUAAAUCGCACACACGCGAACACACAUAUAAAAACAACAACAACAACAACUAAAACCAAAAGUCAUAAUUUUUCGUUUCGUGACCACCAUUCGUAAGCGGAAUUCAAGUAAUAUUCUAAAGUGUUUGCAUCGACAAGGAAGAAAAAAUAAACAAAAAGUACACGAUAUAUCGAUGUAGAGUAAACAAACAUACAGUUAAAAUACACACAGAGAAGUAAAAGCAUCAGGUGCUCAAGAUUCCACUGGCGAAAAAAAGACGACGAAUAUUGCACACGCAAACGAAUAAACAGAGAGAGAGAUUUUAUUUUAUUUCGAACGAAAUAGUGUUAAAAUAAAAAACGCGACUACGACAUAUACGCAGACAAAUACGUAUUUAAUCUAAUACUGAAUAGAAAUCAGUAAAGCGACGAAGUCGACAAUAAAAAAUCAAAACAAAGCCCAAUUUACAAGGUUCCAUCAUCAUCAUCAGUUGUGAAUAAGGAAAACGAACAACAGCUACGAUUAAUAACUACAAUAAUUUUUUUUAAAAAAGCAAACAACAACAAAAUCACCAAAUCUCAUCCACAGUUGCCGCAAAAUAAACACUGAGCUUAUUUCAAUGGACGCAACGUCUAUCAUAACGCAGGUAUCCCGUGAAGAUGAGCAAUUGAAUGCAAAUUCAACUGACAAAGAGGAUUUCAUCGAAAUAGAUAUAUUGAAACGGCCGGAUCGUGGUAUUCUCCGAUCGAUAUUCUGUUGUUGGCGCCGAAAUGUAUCAAAGUCAAGCCAAAGUGGAACGCCAAUCGAUGGCACAACAACACCGCCACCACUACAGCGACCACAGAAACAUUUACUGCCCCAAGUACGACAUUCAGACACAAAUAAGAAGUGCAUGGUCAUUGAUUUAGAUGAAACAUUAGUACAUAGUAGCUUCAAACCAAUUGCAAAUGCCGAUUUUAUUGUGCCUGUUGAAAUCGAUGGCACCGUUCAUCAGGUGUAUGUACUAAAACGGCCCCAUGUCGAUACGUUUCUUCAGAAAAUGGGCGAACUGUAUGAAUGUGUAUUAUUCACCGCAUCAUUGGCAACGUAUGCCGAUCCUGUAGCCGAUUUACUUGAUAAAUCUGGUGUAUUUCGAGCGCGUUUAUUUCGUGAAUCGUGCGUUUAUCAUCGUGGCAAUUAUGUUAAAGAUUUAAAUAAAUUGGGACGUGAUUUACAGAAAAUUGUUAUCGUCGAUAAUUCACCGGCCAGUUAUAUAUUUCAUCCAGACAAUGCCGUUCCAGUGAAAUCAUGGUUUGACGAUGUCACCGAUUCCGAGCUACUCGAUUUGAUACCAUUGUUUGAAAAACUUAGCAAAGUCGAUUCGGUGUACAGCGUUUUAUGUAAUUCCAACAAUCACUUGAAGCCUGCCACACAACAACAGCAACUGCCACAAUCGCCGCAACAGCAUCAGCAGCAACAGCAACAACAAUCGAAUCAACAACAAAAACAACACGAAAAUUCACGGAAUUCAACGACAGAUGAAGAACAUUCGUAGCGAUUGGAAUAUCAUUUCAUCAAAAAUUUUUAAAUGUCUGUAAAUAAAUGUCUAAUUUGAUAGCAAUUACGAUUUUUACAUUGAUGUCGGAACACAUUUUAUUAACUGAUUAUAACAAAUCGUGCGUUUAGUUAUUUUUGUUUUUGUUUUGUAGGGUUUUUUAUCUGUUUUGGUUAGUUUAUUUUUGAAUCAAGUAAAAUUGAACCAAACCCAGGAAACUUAAUAUUCACACGUAACAUUGACACAUAUUAAAACAAGCAUGAAUGUCAAAUAAAAACAUUGAUCAAAUUUCAA